GUCCUUGCAGUGAACAUCAAGAGCUGCACACAUCAGGAACAGCUUUUUUUCGAUUUGGAACAAUGACUAUUGCGUACAAGAGGAAGGUAUCGUUCGACUCGCUUGCUCCGUUCACGCCAACUGAGCCCGAUGAUCCCCCAUACAUUCCACCGCAGUACGCUACAAAGAGGAAGAAGGCGCUGGAUUUGAGCUAUGGGUUCGACUCCAAGCCAAAGGUGGAUGUCAAUGAUCUGUUUGACUCUUUCAACCAGAUUCCCUACGGCCGCCGCCCUUCUCUGACCCCGAACAUGGCGUCGACGUCAGCGGUCCCCACAAAGGCUCCGAAGUUACCCCCACCUCCAAAGAAGUCCAUACUGAAAGUGAGCGACAAAGGCUGUGCGUUGAAUCUUGUUGGCGAUAACGAAGCUUCGAGGAAGAAGUCUCUUGUUGAUAUGACACCUGAGGAGCUGAUGGCGAUGGAUUCUCAGUUCCGGAAGGGGGUUUCGUUGGAGAAGUUGAAGUUUGACGGUGACGGUUACUUGCCAAUGCAGAACUUGACCAAGCUUGAGUCGAACCAUAUGUCGAUGACUACCAACGUUGAUAAGUUCAUUGGAACCACGGUCAACAACAAAAAUGUGCUGACCCCGUCGAUUGCAAACUACAACUCUUAUUCGACAACCUUCACACAUGAAGGGAUGAAUUCGUACAUACAAGACCAUCUCCACAAGUUGAAAUCCAUGUCGCAGGAGACCUUGCCCAAGAACGAGUCCACGCUGAAUGAAGAGCUACCCCCAAGUUUACGAGAUUUGGCUGUUUACAUCAGUGGUAGACGGCACACGUGGAGCGCAUUAGAUUGGACGUUGAAGCAGGUUGUUAAAGAUGGGGACCAUCUAGUCAUCAUAGCACAGAUUCCCGAAAAGGUUGCGCUUGAUCCAAUGAACUACUAUGGAGGUUAUCGAGCAAGUACUAACGAAAGUGACGAUCCAAGUGACUCUGAUAAGAAGUUACCACCUUAUGAUUAUUUAGAAGUUGACGAGGUAUAUGGGAGUGAAGGCAUAAGAGACGAGGCGCAUAGAAUAGUUGCAUACGCUUUCAAAUUCUUGGAGAGUUUGGGCAGAAAGGAGUUGAAGAUUAGUGUCACUGUUGAGCUGAUAAGAGAGGCAGACGUUGAGAAGUUGCUGAACAAGGCAUUUACACUGUACACCCCAGAUUUGUUCAUUGCAUCCACUAUGAGAGUGAAGUACAACGCCCUCUCGGCUAAGAACAAGAGAAUCCCAUUCUAUGCAUCGACCAAAUUGUGUCUUCCAACAGUUGUUAUCCCUUCGACCCUAGUUGAUGACUCCCUCAUUAGCAUGGAGAAAUCAACAAAGACGACACCAUUCAAGAGCAUUUCGGAUCUCAAUGAAUUCCUUGAUUCAAUGGGCGACGACGAUGAGACAUUUAAAUAUGAGACGCCAGUUAAGAAUGCGCAUUCAAGGUAUAUAUUCGAUCCAUACAGCACCCCACUGGUGUGUUCGAACACCUCCACAACCACUGAUACAACUGCUAGCGAGGCCAAUGACCCGUCUGACUACCUCGGCUUGGUUUCGACUAAUUCCACAGGUAGAAUCAAAUUCAUGGACAACCUGCAAACCCCAAAGAGUGGAGCAGGCAUGUAUGGUAACGGUUCUAGAAGAAAUUCACACGGCUCAGGGGUCUACAAAGUGAAGAGUCUGUUGGAUGCUGAUCCCACGCCUGUGGAGAGAUCAAAGUCCUACUCCAGUCCAAUGACAAACAGCAUAUCUAAUGGUUCGGUCUACAGCGCUGGUAAAAAGAUCACUGGCCCUGGAAUCAAACAAGUCAAGUCUGAUUCCCAGGUCCCAACGGAAAAGAAGAAGAAAGGUUUGUUUGGGCUCUUCAAACGUAAGAAAUGAAUCGACUGCUAUGCCUUGUAUGUGUUUAUAAAGAGAGAAUGAGAGACAAAUAUAUGAAUGUAUGGAUGUAAUUGAUAAGCUGUUUGACGUCAUACCGAUAAGCAAAGACACAGCGAUGAGCAGAAGGAAAAAAAAAUGACCGGUGCGUGAUCUCCAAGACCCCGCAAAAAGCCCCUAGAAACAUAUGUGGUGUUCGGAUGGUGGAGUAGAACAGCUUAGAUUGGUUUGGGGGAUGAUGGCACGAGAGUUGAAUAUAUAAAGCCCUC